AUGAUGGAGCUGAGGGGCAGCAGGCUGUCAAGGAGAAGCUCUCCUCCAGCCAUGGCCCUGUGCCUUGCCCCACUCCUGCUCCUGCUUUGUGCCGUGUGUGGCGGCACGGGGGAUAAAUGGGAACCCGGCAUCCAAGGCUGCACGCAGGCGCCGAACGUGUCAGUGCUGGGGGCGCUGCCAGGAAGCGGCUGGGACAACCUGCGGAACGUGGAGCUGGGGCUGGUGCUGUGGCACAACUAUUCACAGUGUCACACCACGCACGACGGCGAGUACCUGAUCCCAGACCACGUGUACGUGGUGCCGUGGCGGGAGAGCGUGGUGGAGCUCAUGGACAAGUGGCUCAGUCACACGGACACCUGGGCGGCCUCCAUCAACGCCGAGGUGUCCUAUCUCCCUAUGCUCAAUGGCAAGUUCUCCUCCGACUUCCAGAACGUCAAGAAGCACGACUUGGAGCACGAGACGGUCACGACCAGGGUGCAGGUCCGCCAUAACAUCUCCUCCGUGAAGGCCCCGGAGAUCCCCAACUUACACCCUGCCUUUUGGCAGCAUCUGGUGACCAUCAGCGAUCACCUGGAGAACAAUGAGACCCGCAAGGCCGAGUACCUGGCGGAGAUGCUGGUGCUUCGGUUCGGCACGCACGUCCUCACGCACGUGGAUGUGGGGGCCAGCUUGGUGCAGGAGGACCAGGUGAAGCGGGCCCUGAUGAGCGAUAAGGCCAUCGAGAAGACCAGCAUCUCGCUCGCCGCCUCCGCCGUGUUUUUCAAAGUGGUCAACGUCGGGGCCUCGGCCUCCUGGCAGGAGCAGAGCCAGCACUUCCAGGACUACAGGCAGAGCACGUUGUCCCCCAAGACGCGCAGCUACGGGGGCAGCCCCUUCUACCCCGGCAUCACGCUGCAGUCCUGGCAGGACAGCAUUGGCAAACGGCUGGUGGCCAUCGGCGGGUCGGGCCUGCCCCUGCCGACGCUGAUCAAGCCCGAGGCGCUGCCGGAGCCCGCGGUGCACCGCGUGGCGGGCGCCAUGCACGCGGCCAUCUCCCGCUACUACGCGGUCAACGUGCAUCCCGGCUGCCUGCGGCGCGGGUCGCCCGACUUCAACCCACAGGCCAACGUGGACGACGGCUCGUGUGACGCCGGCGGCCGCACCAACUUCAGCUUCGGCGGCGUCUUCCAGGAGUGUGAGGCCGUGUCCGGGGAGGACAUCGAGAACCUAUGUCAAAACUAUCACGUCGCGAACCCGCUCACGGGCAGCACCUCGUGCCCGGCCAGCUACACGUCCAGCACCCUGCACAGAGAGCUGAAGACGUCGACGCAGGCCCACCCCGAGUGCAAGAGACAGUGCAGGAGCUGCAAUCUGUUUUCAGAGUGCUGCGAUGACGUGUGCACCACGCGCGUGGUCAAGAGCGUGGUGCGCCUGGUCACCUCCUGGUGCGUGCCCGCCCAGACCGCCAUGCCCGUCGCUUCCGGCUUCCUCUUCGGAGGCCUCUACAGCUCUGGCAAACCAAACCCGCAAUGGCUUGACCAUGAGCUCUUUGAGUGGGAAAAGGAUGGUGUUGUGCUCAUCGUAGUUAUUUCUACAGCUCAGCAGCAGGCAGAACAUCUGAGACAUUCUACAAGUUCCCCGAAUGGAAGAAAAUCAGAAGAGGCCUUGUGA